CGUUUCCUCCCUCCAGACAGCAGAUGGCGAUAUGUGUCUUUCAGGCGAGGUUUCUAGUGUGACGUAUAAUCUAGUGGACGGAACGCUUCUUCAACAACUGCAGCCACGUCGGUAGCUCGCUAGCCAACAAAGUCGGAACAUUCAAGUUCUUUAGACAAUUUCGUGGUUUAUUUGCCACUAUGCUUUAAACAUACUUAUGUGGAAACAACUAGCUACCCCUUUUAAUUUAAUAUUUACGUUAUAAGUCAACUAGCUGGCUGGUUAAGUUAGCACUAGUCUAGUCGCUAAUGCUAACUAGCUAUUAUCCCCGACCAUGAGUUCACUAAACUACUCUCCUCCUGAUAAAGAAGAGGUGGUCUGCUGGACGGAGAAAGAAACUCUCGUGAAAGAGGAGGAGAAAGAAAAGGCUGUUACAAUACAAAAACAAGUAGAGGGUGAGGCUGUUACAGUGAAUGAAGAAGAGAAAGACGUUACAGUUAAAGAAGAGGAUGAGGCCUUAAGAGUGAAAGUGGAGGAUGACGUUACUGUGAAAGAAGAGGGGGAAGAUGCAGUUUUUGGAGUGGAGAAUGACGUGAAAGAAGAUGAAGACGUUUUUGGAAUGAAGGAUGAAGAGCGGGAGAUUACUGUCACAUUAGAGGAGGAAGAAGAAGAGAAGUCUGGAGAACUGAUUAACACCAGUAAAUACAGAGAGAGACGGGACUAUCGUGGAUCCUCUGGGGAGCCUCAACAACAUCAUAAUGCUGAUGAGGCAGAGAAAAGUCUCUCCAGAUCAGAACACCUCAAGAAACACCAGCAGAGACCCACAGGGAAGAAUUCUCACUGCUGCUCUGACUGUGGGAAAAGAUUCAACUCUUCAGUAAAACUUAAAACACAUCAAAGAAUUCACACAGGAGAGAAAUCUUACGGCUGUGAUCAAUGUGGGAAGAGUUUUACUCUGCUACAAACCCUGAAAUCACACCAGCGAACACACACAGGAGAGAAACCUUAUAGCUGUGAUCAAUGUGGGAAGAAUUUUACUACAUCUAGCAAUCUCACUAUACACCAGAGAACACACACAGGAGAGAAACCAUAUAGCUGUGAUCAAUGUGGGAAGAGUUUUAAUACAUCUAGCUAUCUAACUAUACACCAGAGAACACACACAGGAGAGAAACCUUACGGCUGUGAUCAAUGUGGGAAGAGAUUUAUUCUGCUACAAACCCUGAAAUCACACCAGAGAAUACACUCUGGAGAGAAACCUUUUGGCUGUUAUCAAUGUGGGAAGAGUUUUACUCAGCUAAGCAUCCUGAUAGUACACCAGCGCGGACACACAGGAGAGAAACCUUUUAGCUGUGAUCAAUGUGGGAAGGGUUUUACUACAUCUAGCUGUCUAACUAUACACCAGAGAACACACACUGGAGAGAAACCUUAUGGCUGUGAUCAAUGUGGGAAGAGUUUUACUCAGCUAAGCAACCUGGUAGUACACAAGAGAACACACACAGGAGAGAAACCUUAUAGCUGUGAUCAAUGUGGGAAGGGUUUUACUACAUCUAGCUGUCUAACUAUACACCAGAGAAUACACACAGGAGAGAAACCUUAUGGCUGUGAUCACUGUGGGAAGACUUUUAUUGGGCUACAAUCCCUGAAAUCACACCAGAGAAUACACACGGGAGAGAAAUCUUAUAGCUGUGAUCAAUGUGGGAAGGGUUUUACUACAUCUAGCUGUCUAACUAAACACCAGAGAACACACACGGGAGAGAAAUCUUUUGGCUGUGAUCAAUGUGGGAAGAGUUUUUCUCACCCAAGCAGCCUGAUAGUACACCAGCGGACACACACAGGAGAGAAACCUUAUAGCUGUGAUCAGUGUGGGAAGAGUUUUUCUACAUCUUGCUAUCUAACUAUUCACCAGAGAACACACACAGGAGAGAAAYYWYAUAGCUGUGAUCAAUGUGGGAAGAGAUACUCUGAUAAAAGAUCUCUGAUUAAACAUCAGAAAAUACAUACAUGAAGGAGUUGUUUCAUGAUAUCAAUGAAAUAAUGUCACAAUGUAGAAUGUUUUAACAUUGUUGAAGCAGUAUUUGAAUGAAUGUCAGAAUGUAGAACCCUAAACGUUUGUCCCCUGUUCAGUUGAUAUUAGCCUCAGCGGAAAAAUCCAGGCCCUGAAUUGAAAGAGUACUAUUUAUUUAACAAAAAGUGACAAAAAAAAUUGUGUUACACUUACCACGUUGGUGACCCACUUGAAUCAAAACGCAAC